AUGAGAAACAACGGAAGUGAUAGCGACAGCGAGACGGAAUCAAGAAACCAGAGGAAGGCAGGCGACGACGACGGAAGUGAUAAUUACAGCUCUGGCCCGGAUGAUGACGGAGAUUUCGAACCGGAGGGUGAACAGGGACUUGGGAAUGGGCAAGACGUUCAACUCGACGAUCACCAAAAGAUCAGACAAUGUUGGGAGCAAAUCAUGUAUGACCUCAAGGAUGACAAGCUGAAGGACAGCGACGAUGCACAGGAAAUGUUUUUCACAAAGCACAAAGCGUCUCUUGGACCAGCCUUGGAUUGGGCCCCGAAGGACGUUCCGAUUCACACGAGGAAUGUGCUCUUCAAGUUGGCUUACGAAGGGAAGCCAGAGUUACCCCAUCUAGUAAAACUUUUGGUCGAAGAGUACCCACAACUCCUUCAAGAUACAGGCAUGUCCGGUCACAGGGCGUUCGAUUUCGCCCUCGAAGGAAAGUUGGACUGGUUCAUAAAAGCUGUCGUCGAAAGUGGUAUCCAAGACAAAGAUCUGGAAAAGGCCCUGGCGCCAGUCAAGGCGAACAAUGGGCAAGCUGGCAGUAAAUCAAAUUGCAUACACAAAGCAAUUACAAUGGAUAUCGAUCCUUCUCUCACGAAAAAGCUCAUAGAGAGGGCGUCGAGUGACUUACUCACUGCACAGGAUGACGUCGGACUCACCCCCCUACACCACUCUGUCCACUACAGGAGGUGCAUAAAAGGCCGUGGUCGCGUAGUGAGGGCUCUUCUUCGUUGCGGUGACCAGGCACUCGACAAACGCACGCUGCCGCCUGGGUCCUAUUCGGCGUAUCGGUACCAUGUGCAGACUAGGCCACAGAAACCGCUCAUAGCAGCGGCAGAUGAAGUUGAAGGCAAGACUGAGCAGAAGGCUAGGAGGGGACAAGAGCGGGAGCGGCCAAGGUUAGGAGAAGACAAGAAGCCAAUGCCGGGAGCUGACAAGGGAUCGCCCGUGACGGAGCAGAAGAAAAGCAAGAACGAGGACAAGGAGAAGGAAAAGGAUAAAGGGAAAGAGAAGGGAAAGGACACAUCGACACGUUCGAGCGCAGGGCUACAACAAGUGGCAGCGUUGAACAACAUGGCUCUUCAGCAGACGAAUGUGAAUGUGGUGAUGGACGGCCCAGUGCCAACGCCCCAGGCGAACGAAGGGCGGCCAGUUUUAGUAAGCGCCCCCUCAGUCAACGGCACGUCGGCACCGUACACACCCACGCUGGAAGCGCAAAGACACCUUCCACCCUCUUCCAACGGCAGCGUUACAACUGCCACCACGAGGCCCACAGCAGCAGCCAGCAAACCCUCUGGAUCCUCGCGAAACCCUAAGCCGUCAACGAGCAAAGCGGAUGAGGUUGCAAAGGACUUGAAGCGGUGCUAUUUCCGCUCCAUCUUCAAACCCCAGCCCGGAGACCAGCACACCGUGCAGCGAAAUCAUGCGUCAGCGGAGGACUUUCUCUACGGCGAUAACAAAGAAUGCAGGGCGAUUUGUUUCCAAUUUCCACCCGUUCAUCGCAAGGAGCCCGAGAAGAUUGACUUCGACUGCUUCAAAGAGUCGUACAAGUGGUUUGCAUUCGACCCCAUGCUUCUCUACGUUGACUUUGGAAAAUUCAGGCGCGAAUGGCCAGACGAUCCUCGAUCUGUAAAGAACCGUUCACUACAAGGGAUAGGGAGGAGAGACUUGGUGGAUUUCUUCGCCUGGUUGUACAAGGAUAAGGGUGUGCGGAGUAUUAUCAAGGUCUCCGUCGACGACGAAGACGACGUCCCUCAUUGUGAUGAUGGCAUUGUAGCCUCCCUCAAACGCUUCGAUAUCGAAAUUCUGGAUUGGCGUAAGGCCGAUUUAUGCCCGCUGGCCAUCCAACAAGCAUGUAAGCGCUCACCGAAUCUCCGGGAACUUCACCUCUGCUGGAGCGGAAAUAAUGCCAUUUUACGAUCCUGGAGUGCGCCGGAUGGGUUGGCUUGUCUACCGGAGCUGGAGCAGAUUCAUAUUUACGAAAUCAAGGUACGUAGCCAAACCGCCCACAGACGAGACUGCAACUGA